AUGAGUAGACAAUUUAGUUCCAGAUCUGGCUAUCGAUGUGGUGGUGGUGGUGGUGGCUUCAGCUCAGGCUCCGCUGGAGUCUCCCUCACCCGCAGGGUGACCAGCAGCUCCACUGUCCGCAGGAUUGGAGGAGGUGGAGGUAGAUUUUCAGGUGGAAGCUGUAGAGCUGGUGGUGGUGGUGGUGGUGGUUUUGGCAGCCAGAGUCUGAUUAACUUGGGGGGCUCUAAAAGGAUCUGUCAGAGUGUUGCUGGAGGAGGAGGAGGUUAUGGAAGAGGAGGUUUUGGUGGUGGAGGAUUUGGUGGGGGCAGCUAUGGUGGUGGUGGAUUCGGUGGUGGCAGCUAUGGUGGUGGUGGCUUUGGUGGUGGUGGCUAUGGUGGUGGUGGCUAUGGUGGGCGUGGUUUUGGCGGCAGUGGCGGUGGCUUUGGUGGUGGAGGCUUUGGGGGUUUAGGAGGUGGUGGUUUUGGCGGAGGAGGCUUUGGGCCUGUCUGUCCCCCUGGAGGCAUCCAGGAGGUGACCAUCAACCAGGGUCUUCUGCAACCCCUCAAUGUGGAGAUUGACCCUAAUAUUCAAAAAGUGAAGGAAAAAGAGAGGGAACAGAUCAAGGACCUCAACAACAGAUUUGCCACCUUCAUUGACAAAGUGCGAUUCCUGGAGCAGCAGAACCAGGUAUUGCAGACCAAAUGGGAGCUGCUGCAGCAGGUGGACACUUCGACUCGCAGCCACAACCUGGAGCCCCUCUUUGAAGCCUAUGUAUCUACACUUAGGCAGAAGCUAGAUUCACUGAGGAGUGACCGCUCAAGGAUGGAGUCAGAAUUGAAUAAUAUGCAAAACAUGGUAGAGGACUUCAAGAAAAAAUAUGAAGAUGAAAUCAACAAACGUACAGAUGCAGAGAAUGAAUUUGUGACCAUCAAGAAAGAUGUGGACAAUGCUUAUAUGAGCAAGAUUGACCUUCAGGGUAAGACGGAUCUUUUGCAAGAUGACAUCAACUUUUACAAGGUGCUGUUUGACACAGAACUAUCUCAGAUGCAGACUCACAUCAGCAACACCAAUGUCAUCCUCUCCAUGGACAACAACAGGAGCCUGGACUUGAGUAGCAUCAUUGAUGAGAUCAAAGGUCACUAUGAUGAGAUUGCCCAGAGGAGCAAAGCUGAGGCUGAGACCAUGUACCAGCACAAAUAUGAAGAGCUCCAGGUGACUGCUGGGAAACAUGGAGACCAACUGAGAAACACAAAAACGGAGAUUUCUGAGAUGAACCGAAUGAUUCAGAGACUGAAUUCUGAAAUUGAUUCAGUGAAGAAGCAGAUUUCCCGGCUCCAGCAAGCCAUUGCUGAUGCAGAGCAGCGUGGGGAGAAUGCCCUGAAAGAUGCGCAAGGUAAACUGGAAGACCUGGAGGAUGCUCUGCAGAAGGCCAAGGAGGACAUGACCCGACUGCUGCGUGACUACCAGGAGCUCUAUAAUGUUAAGCUGACCUUGGAUGCUGAGAUAGCCACCUACAGGAUGCUUCUGGAGGGAGAAGAGAGCAGGGUGUCUGGAGAGUGUGUUCCCAACGUGAGUGUGUCUGUGAGCACCAGCCAUGUCUCUGUGUCUGGUGGUGGAGGAGGAAGGUUUGGAAGUGGAGGUGGUAGCUACGGUUCUGGAGGUGGAGGUGGCAGCUACGGUUCCAGCUCUGGAGGAGGCAGAUAUGGCUCCAGUGGUGGAGGUGGCAGCUAUGGCUCUGGAGGAGGCAGAGGUUCCGGUUCCGGAGGAGGCAGAGGUUCUGGCUCUGGAGGAGGAAGGGGCUCCAGUUCUGGAGGAGGCAGCUAUGGAUCCUCAGGAGGUCGGGGCUCCAGCUCUGGAGGAGGAGGCAGCAGCAGCUCUGGUGGUGGCUCUGGGGGUGUCAAGAGUUCCAGUGGCAGUUCUAGCAUGAAAUUCACCUCUACCAGUUAUUCUACAGUCACCAAUUAAAGUCAGAGCUCCCUACCCUGCUAGCUGUCCUUUAGAUCAAUGUCUGUGUUUGUUUUCAGUCAAUUCUUGAAGUCAAAGACCUCUAACUUUACUUGAGGAAAAUAAAAAAUGGUGGACUGUAGCAGUUCAUCUUGUUUUCUUAAAACCUUCUAACUACUUUUUCUGACCUUGAUUACUAAAGGUUUUCUUGAGUCAUCCAACCAGUGGGCACUUCCACCCCUGGCUUUCACUGAGCUUCAUCUGUGUUGGUGCAUAGGAAGGGUUGCUGAUGAUCCUGGCCUUUUAGAGCCAUGUUCUCCCCGCUUUCUCCUUUGGUAGAUAUUCUUUAUUCUGGCCUUCAUCAUCAGGUUUUCCCACUUUCCUAUUUCUUGAAUGGUGAAGCCAUGUCUGAGUAUGAAAGACCACUUCCCUUGAUUCAUCAUGAGGAUGCAGCCUGAAAAAUCCACUCCAUCACUACCCACUCUUAUUUUCAAAAGUUUUAUCCAAGCCAAGCAGAAACAGAACCUUUAUUGAUGGUGUCUCCAUAAUAAAGCAACAAAUUCUGUGAUGGUUUUUCCUUUUUAUUUUUUAUAUAAAGUGUAAGCUGGUUGGUUGACUUUCCUAAAGGAGGUCUCAUAGUCUCCAUUUUCUUGUGUUGUCUGCAAUAAAUUGCAUUUGAAAUUCUGCAA